GCUUUUAUUCUAAUUCUCUAGUAAUUGUUGCAGAGUGAGAGUCCGAGCAGAAAGAGGCGACGGUUGUCUCAUCAUCAAAUUGUGGAGUUGGCCCCCACCCCUCCCCCUCACCCUCAUCCACUACCUCAUCCCCAUCCCCAUCCUCUUUCCCAUUCCCAUCCUCAUUCCCAUCCUCAUCCCCACUCUCAUUCCCACCCCCAUCAUUCUAACAGCUGGGAAAGACACCAGCGUGCUGUGAGGCACCAACAACCCUCCCGCAACAGGGGAAGCCCUCCAAUAAGGCGGCCAUGCUACCGAGAUUGGAACUCUGAAGGUUUCUCGCUGAACCAUCAUAGUUUCCUGCCCAACCCACACCAAGCUCAGCCACAGCCCACUGUAGUCAUGGAUGUCACACAGGUGCCGGUCACGUUACCUCUGUCACUGUACUCUACACCAAUCACUGUGUGUCAGGCCAACACCACUCCACCCUCCCCCUGUCUCUACAACCCUCCGCAGUUCAACCCUACAUGUCAGGUGCCUUCUCCAUUUGGUGGCUGUCUUCCACAUCAUGCCCCUCCACCAGCUCACCACCAUCACCAUCAUCACGGCGGCUACACACCCCCACCACUAGCUACUGUACCUGGCUCCUACCUGGUGCCCCCUCGCCAGGAGCCUGCUCCGCCCUUCCACCCCGCCCCACUAGUACAAGUCGCCUCACCACCCUCCAUAUUCAUAUCUGAGGUACGAGGAGCGCCACUGGAUGUGCGCAGACAUGCAGCAGCUCUUCCACGUCGCAACUCUGCACGGGCGGUGGAGACCUCAGUUACAAGCCCCCAGUGCGUACCAGGCUGGCUGGCUUCACCUCUUGUGUAG